AUGGGAAGGUCUCCUUGUUGCGAGAAAGCCCACACAAACAAAGGAGCUUGGACCAAAGAAGAAGACCAACGUCUCAUCGAUUACAUCCGCAACCACGGCGAAGGUUGCUGGCGUUCUCUUCCUAAAUCUGCAGGACUGUUGCGGUGCGGUAAGAGCUGUAGACUGAGAUGGAUCAAUUACCUUCGUCCUGAUCUCAAACGUGGAAACUUCUCCGAUGAAGAAGAUGAAAUCAUCAUCAAACUCCAUAGCUUGCUCGGCAACAAAUGGUCAUUGAUCGCUGGAAGAUUACCAGGAAGAACAGAUAACGAAAUCAAAAAUUAUUGGAACACUCAUAUCAAAAGGAAGCUUCUCAGCCAUGGAAUCGACCCACAAACUCAUCGUCCGGUUAAAGAUUCCGUUGCCGUUGCUAAAACGGCGUCCGUUAUUGUUCCUCCCCAAAACGACGCCGUCAUAUCGAAGACGGAGAAUUCUUCCGAUAACGGCGCGUCCACAAGCGGCACGACGACGGACGAGGAGCUUCGGCAGAACGGUGAUUGUUAUUACAGUGAUAACUCAGGAGACAUGGAGCUGAAUCUGGACUUAACUCUCGGGUCCGGGUCGACUUCUUGGGUCGGGUCAGGUCAUGUGGUGGUUGGUGGGUCAUCGGCUGAUUCAAAACCGUGGCGGGAUACGGCGAUGGCGGCGCGUUUGUCACUGUUGUAA